GUAUUGGUAUGACUACUGGCACAGCAUGGUUAAGUGUUGAGCCCCCAGAGGCUGUUUUAACUGCUUUGUACCAAGAAGAAUUGCAUAUUCCAGUUGCUCCCCUCUGACAGCAUCAGAGAAGGUCACUGUUCUACUGCUGCAGUAUGACGAGGUCUCUUCUAUGGACAUUGAACUGCCAGCUACCUAUGCCUAUUGCCUGUGAUGGAAGAACUUGAUGUUAAUGUGAGUUCGAGUGAGGGCUUUGGCGUAGCGGAGAGGAUUGUGCUGCUCACCUUCAUCUCCGCCGUUAUACUGAUGGCCAUCCUGGGGAACCUGCUGGUGAUGGUGGCCGUGUGCCGGGACAGGCAGCUCAGGAAAAUCAAGACCAAUUAUUUCAUUGUUUCCCUUGCCUUUGCGGACCUGCUGGUGUCAGUGCUGGUGAUGCCAUUUGGAGCCAUUGAGUUGGUUCAGGACAACUGGAUCUAUGGGGAAAUGUUCUGCCUUGUCCGGACAUCCCUCGAUGUCCUGCUCACCACAGCAUCAAUCCUGCAUCUCUGCUGUAUUUCACUGGACAGGUACUAUGCUAUCUGCUGCCAGCCUCUGGUUUACAGGAACAAGAUGACUCCAUUGCGCAUUGCUGUAAUGCUUGGAGGGUGCUGGGUAAUCCCAACAUUUAUUUCUUUCCUCCCUAUCAUGCAAGGCUGGAAUAGUAUUGGCAUCAUUGAUCUGGUUCAGCAAAGGCAGUUCAACAAGGCUUCCAACUCCACCUACUGCAUAUUCAUGGUCAACAAGCCAUACGCCAUUACCUGCUCCGUGGUGGCCUUCUACAUUCCCUUCCUCCUGAUGGUGCUGGCUUACUACCGCAUCUACAUCACAGCCAGGGAGCACGCCCGGCAGAUCAGGGUGCUGCAGCGCGCAGGGGCCCCCACCGACGGCCGGCAGCACCACCCGGACCAGCACAGCACGCACCGCAUGAAGACUGAGACCAAAGCUGCCAAGACCCUGUGCAUCAUCAUGGGGUGCUUCUGCCUGUGCUGGGCCCCCUUCUUUGUCACAAACAUAGUGGACCCUUUCAUAAACUACACCGUGCCAGGGAAGCUGUGGACGGCUUUCCUGUGGCUGGGCUACAUCAAUUCAGGGUUGAACCCUUUCCUCUACGCCUUCCUGAACAAGUCUUUCAGACGUGCCUUCCUCAUCAUCCUGUGCUGUGGUGAUGAGCGAUACCGAAGGCCUUCCAUCUUGGGGCAGACAGUCCCGUGUUCCACCACCACAAUAAAUGGAUCGACUCAUGUACUAAGGUACACUGUUUUACAUAAUGGGCAUCAUCAGGAACAUGAGAAGCUUCCCAUCCACAAUGACCCUGAAUCCCAAGAGUCCUGUUUCUAGUCACAGUCCUAGAUGAGGAAUAGCUCGGCUGAAGGGACAGAUUCCUUUAGGAUAACCAAAGGAUUCAUGGACAGCAGGACUUUAUGAAAAAUUAUUCAUCUGCAUUGUCAUGGUGCCUCCACCCCUGACUUCACAUGAAUAUCCAGCUGCAUGUAGGUAGAUUGAUGGGGGCAUGGGAAGGUACAUGAACAGAAUGGCUGAGGAGGCUUUCCUGUAUCUGCAAGGACAGCUGGCUAUAUGACUGUCUCAGAGCCUUACUCCAGGAGUGAGCUGAUAUCUGUCAAUGUAAGGAAACAACACAGAUACAAACCACCCAGUGCAUGGACAUGGGCUUCCGUUAUUCCUUUCCAGCUGCCAUCUGUGCACAAGCCAUUUCUGUUCUGUGAUAUGACCUAAAAGAUUGCAAGUUCUGGGUAAAGCCCUAACACAAUGUGAGACCAAAUGCCCGCUUUAUCUGUGCAAGAUCCUACCCAGCGGUGACUGGAUACUGUCAGGAGAGAAACAUCACCGUUUUCUUUAGCAAAAUAAGAGGAAGUGUUUGCCCUUUGAUUACAGUUACUGGUAAAAGGUCAGCACAAGCUGCUGAUUCACCCUACCCUUCAGAGCUUUCUUUGUAAAUGCUUUACUGUGCUUCCUGGCCAAAUUCUUUGAUAGAAGACUCAUUGAGCAUAAAUAGUGCCUGACAAGCUGCAGUGGGACCUACAGGACAUUUCACUGCUAACAGAAGUCUCUACAAGCACUGUAUCAAUCCAGCCCAGCUGCUAAAAGACAGCAGCCAUCCUCUACCAUUCAGAGGCCAGUGAAAGUGAUGUGGCCCUCAAAGCCAGAGAUAUCCUCAUCUGAGCAGACUUUCGGCAUUCUUACCGAGAAGAAAGGUUGGCCAAGAGACAGAGUCAGUCUGUAAUAGAUCACCAAGUGCCAUCUUGAAAGUUACACCAUCUAAAAAGCUGCAUUAAGAAGAUAGACUUCUAUUUGUGUUUUCCAUCUUUAUUUUUCUAUUUGUUUCUGUUCUCUUCCAGUUGAAGUGAGAAGUUUCAAGACUUUCAAAUAUCCUCAUAUGCACACCUCUGUUUGCAAAGAUCUCAGUCUUUAGCUGCUUCCUGCAUGUAGAUGUUGCUAUGUUCCUUGUGAGCUGCUUCCACCUUUGCAUGGAAAGGGUAGGCAAUACUGUAGACUUCACAACUUUGGGAAGAUGAUAUUCAUGCAGUGGGAAGUAUGCAGGAUGAAGACUACAAGCCUCUACCCUUUUUAGAUGAAGAUCUAACCCAGAGAUGCCACCCUGGGCCUAGAAAAUAAAAUCGUACUUUGUUAUAUUGUGUAAUCAUGUACAGAUAUUUUUAAUGUAAAAAGAAAUGGUGACAUUAUUUAUUAUUUUUUAUCAGGAAUGUGGUUUUUUUUUCAUUAAAAGCUUCUAGACCCAGGAGCUUAACAUUAUAUGUAUUAUUAUUUAGUAAUAUUUCUGUUGCUAUGUGACAGGUAUUUACUGUAAAACAAACAAAUCCUGCUUUGAACAAAAAUGUUGCUCAGUAGGAAACAAAGUUGUGCAUGGUAAGAGCACCUGGCUUCCUAAUCAUGGUGUCUGACUUCUUUAAACACUUCUUCCAAACAAAAGUUGCUGACAAAGCUUUACAUAAUAUUCCUUUAGGAUUCAGAAGGACACUGGGCAGAAACAGCUCUAAUGAGAAGACAGACACUUACCAAUGCAGAAAAUCGCUAGCGGUUAGAAAGAGACAAACUACUGGUGUUUGUGGUUGUAGAUGCCAAUGGGAAGAACAUGAGCUGUUUGAAAAGAUAUGGUGAGAUAGUUUGAACCAAUUCCUGGUUCACCAUUAGGAACAGUUUGGCAAUGAUCUGUUUUUACACGGUUGUGUUUCCAAAAGAACUUGUUAUCAGUUCAACUCUAUUGUUGACACCAAAACAGAGCAGUGGGUGAAAAAAUUGGCCAUUAUUGAAAGUCUGGAAAAAAAUCCAUCCAGGGCCACUUCAUUCCCAUGAUCUACAUCUCUGUGAAACUCCUCCCAUGGGGUUUUAUCUGGAUUUGGAUAUGCAGGACCGCAGGAGAGACUGUCUUGAUUUCACCUCAAGUAUCAAAUUUCCUAAAGAAAUCCUGGAAAAGCUUUUUUCUCUGUCCCUAUUAAAAAGCAUCAAUAUAUUGGUGUGAAAUCACUCAGUGAUAUGGAACCCGCAGCAUGGGGAUGCUACAGUGAUGGUGUUCUUUGUUUCUGCUGUUGUCCCUGAAGUGUUUUCUCUGAUAUUUUUAUGUGCUUUAGUAAUAUAUCUCUUCUUAAUUUAAAAUGAACUUCUCAACAUUGUAUUUUACUCAUGGGCAAUGUUCAGAAGGCUCUAUCAAUGAGAUCAGCAGCUCACUAGCCAAAAUCAGAGAAUCAUAGAAUAGUUAGGGUUGGAAAGGACCUUAAGAUCAUCCGGUUCCAACCCCCCUGCCAUGAGCAGGGACACCUCACACUAAACCAUGCCACCCAAGGCUCUGUCCAACCUGGCCUUGAACACCACCAGGGAUGGAGCAUUCACAACUUCCCUGGGCAACCCAUUCCAGUGCCUCACCACCCUUACAGUAAAGAACUUCUUCUUUAUAUCCAAUCUAAGCUCUGAUAAUACAAUCAUCAAAAGCUCUGACAGAAAAGAAAGCCUCCAAUUCUAAACACCAUAUUGGAAUGAAAUACUAAACACAAAAGGUCCAUGUUCUGUGUCAUCUCUGGCUAAUUGCUCACUGGACUCAGUAAACCUGUCAUGAAUGACCUGGCGGCUCCUGCUGAAUAAGUCAAUAAUCCUAGCAACGCUUCUGUGAACCUAGGAAAUGAUGAUGUCCAUCAUCAUCUAGUGGAAAGUGUCUGUGCCCAUGGCAGGGAGGUGCAACUAGAUCAUCUUUAAGGUCUCUUCCAACCCAAACUAUUCUAUGAUUCUGUGAUCAAUAAUAUUAGAAUUUCUAUGGAAAAGAAACUGUCCAAUGGAAAGGACCCAUACUCCAUUUCCAUUGCUAAAGGUAGCUGCUCCUGUAGCCUCUGGGUUCACCUUCUCAUUGACCAUUUUGGCUAGUGGUGUCAGAGUCUUUGCCUGUGCUGAAUGAUGUGUAAUGCAUUGGCUGUUUCUAAAAAUAAAAAAUCCUCUAUGUACAUUGCAGUAAA